AAAGAAGCCAGUACGGUAUUAUUGCUUCUCGCUCGUACUUCUGAGUCAUUUGUAUUUUAAGAAGUACGGCUGAAGGAUGAAGCUGUUCACACAUAAUAUGUUAACUUCACAUGUAAAAGGUGUAACAAAGGGGUACCCUCUGCUUCUAAAGGCCACUGAGCUGAAAGUGAACAAUAUCGAUUUUAAUCCAGAAUUUGUUGCUCGAAUGAUUCCCAAGGUAGAAUGGAAUGUACUGGUAGAAGCUGCAGAAAGUAUAGGGCAAUUAAACGAUCUCCCGAAAGAAUUGUUACCAGACUAUGAAAAUAAUGAAGAAUUCCUACACAAGGUCCACCACGUGAUGUUGGAGGUGGAAGUGGUAGAGGGUGCAUUAAAAUGUCCAGAGUCUGGUCGUGAGUUUCCCAUCAACAAAGGAAUCCCAAACAUGUUGUUAAAUGAAGAUGAAGUCUAAAUAAACACAUUAUCUUCAAAAAAAAAAAAAAAAAAGAAAGA